AACAAUGUCACAAACACUUUCGGAAAUAGAAGGAACAUUUCACACAAGCUAGAACAGAUUAUAAUUACUAUAUGUCAUUUUUUAUGAAGCUGACAAGUCUUUGAAUUCUGUUUUAGAGGAAUUUCUUUGCCUUUCAUGUAGUUCGUUAACUUUCACACAAAAGGAGACAAACGAUACUCUGAAUCAGAGUGUAUGGGCUUCCUGUGUUCUGGUCAGCGGCUACUGCCAUGGUUUGAUUUGUAACUGCUUUCAAGGACGGUUGAACUCGAAUGUUAUUUAUAACAAUUUGGAUAAAGUUUAGUACAAAUUCAAGUUUAUUAACCUCAGUGAUUCGAUCUUGUGUUACGUGUAAGCUGAAAGGCUUCAGAGAAGUCGCAAAAGGGUAGACAUGGCAUUGUUUUUAGAAGAUUCUAUUGGAGAUUCGACGAGAUCACUUCUUUCUCCCCUUGGAGGUGAACUUAUCCGACAAGAUUCCAGAGAACAAGAAACUUGCUCGGAAAAUUCCAUUAAUAGUGCCUUGGACGAAUCUGUUGGCUCGAAAGCAAGCGUAAGAAGUAGUGAGCUAGAAAGCUAUUUAAAAAAGAAUACCCCGAACUCAGAAUCGACCCCGAAAGCCCAGAGCAGUAAAAGUAGGCGUACUUCAAGUAGAAUUUCGACAAGUUGCUCUACCAGGAGUAAUAGUUACUAUUCUGACUUCAGCAGCGAAAGUAAAAGCUCUAAAAAAGAAGUGUAUGAAAAGGCGCUUAGUCCUUGGGAGGAAUGGUUAGUUAGGAAAACGGCCGAACAACGCGAAAAACAGAUGCGUAUAAGAGAGAAAAGAAGGAAAGAAAAGGAAGAAUUUGAAAAACAAAGAAAGUUGAAGGAGGAUAAACAGAAAGAAAUAGAGGAGAAGAUAAAUGAAUGGAUUGACAAGAAGAAUAAGGAAAUUCUUAAAAGUAAGACUAGUUCCCAGAAACUUCAAGAACAGAAACAGGCUGAAAAAGAGGAGCAAAAUCGAACUAUUGAGGAGAAAUCAAAAAUUGCUUUUGACAAGUGGAUGUCAGAGAAGCUUAAGCGAGAUAGCAAGAAGAAAGAGGAGGAGGAAAGAAAGGCCAGAGAGGAAAAGGAUAAACUGAUUGAAAAGAAAAUGAAAAGUGAACAGGCAUAUGAAGAAUGGCUAAAGAAGGCCAAAUCUCGCCCUAAAAGUAUUCCUGAUAAUUAUUGCUACGCUGGAGGUGUUCUUACGGCUUAUUAUAACUGGGGGUCAUACCCCACACCUAAUUACUGUAAUCCCAUGCCAUGGGUCCAAUCGGCACCUAAAAGAAAUAGGGCACAUAGACACGCUAAAAGAGAACUACAACCACCUUCACCACCCCUUCUUUUCAAAGAGCAAGAACAAAGAAGUAGAGAAAGUAUUGGUAAAGGGAGAAGUUGAUAGUAACUUGUGACUUCAAGGCCAAGCUUUUUUAUUCAAUGUCUGCCUUGAAUUGUGACCAAGAAGGACAAAUCACAUUGACAACUUUGAGUCCAAGCCAUAGCCAUAUCAUUUUCUUUUUUGAAGAACAGAGAAUCUGACAGUGAGUUUAUGAAGAACAUAAAAUUGGCUUCAAACUCCCGUAACCUUGAUCGGAUGAAUGCCUUGCACUCAAUCUGAACCCAAGCAAAGUAUUUCCCACUGAAGGCCAAAUGUGACCCUAAACCUUUUAAGGAACAAUAGAGACAGGGAGAAUUAUAGACUGCAAAGCAAGCACAAAAGGUAAUGGAGAUUGACCAUUUUGCCAGACUCAAUAUUGUAAGGAUAACAUGUAGAAGGAGCCCUUGCAGCGAACCCCAUUUUUUUUUACCAUAUGCUCUUAGAACACACAAGGUAGUUGUGCAAAAUCUAUUCAUUUUAGCUCUGCGUCUCAAAUAAGAGCACAUGUAUUACUGACUCAAAGUCUGCCUUGCUUAUAAGAAAGAUCAUGUUAGAUAACAAUACCACUGCCCCUGGUGAACUCUAGAAUAAAUAAAACACUAAGAACACAAAAAGAAAAAACCGAAGAGUCAGCUCCAAGUAUUUUUUUAAUUUCCCCAUCCCUGGUGCUAGUCUCCUUGCAGCCCCUUUAGUUUUGCUCAUGCAACAUUUCAAAAAAAGCAGCUGCAAGGAGACUACCUAGAUACAUGCAGCCAGUUAUUCCAGCCCCUUGAAAUUGCUUUGCAGACUAAGAGAAUAAAUAUAUAAGGAGGAAUUAACAGACUCAUGAUUGAAAGGCCAAAGACCCUUUUACAGCAAAGUGUAUGCCUUGCACUCAAUUAGCACCCAAGGGAAAUAUAUUAUGCUAAGGGUUAAGUGAUGACUUUACCUUGUAUUGAACAAGAAUAGAGAGUAGGGGUUUCAUUAGGCCUGGCGGAAGAGCCAGCUAUUUUCCACCGAGCACCAGCUACAUUUUUAAAAAAGGCGACUUAAGUUUUAUUUAAGCUAAAAAGAUGAAAAAACUUCCACCCCCUACUUAUCAAUCUCCAGUGCCUACUCUGAAAGUUAAUGAGAGCACUGGAGAGUACAGAAGAGAAUUAGUAAACAGACUAAUUGAUAGAUAAAUGUGCCUUCAAGCUCUAGCUCAUAUAAGUAUAUGCCUUUUCCCAUGACAUAAAUGCAACUCUAAAGGCCAAUUGGAAACCACUAUAAUUUUCCUCUUGCCUUGGGAGUGAAGCCUGUAGUCAACUAAGGUCAUCAAUACACCUUUUAAGAGAACUACAAUAUCAAGAUACAAUAAUAAAAGCAAAAAUUUUA